CAAAUCUUGCAUCAUAUGUUACAAAAGACCUUAUCUCGCCAGCCUUUGUAAAUCACAAGGACGCCAUGAACGCCUUGGCGCUCUUGCAGCUCCCGACGGUCAUCAAUGGCGGAUUCCAGCGUGUCCCCCUCCCCCGAAACACCUUCCCCACGCCCGUUCCCUUCUUCGAGUCCAAUGGGACCAAACCUUCUCUCAUCCGAUGCCAAUCGACAAGUAUGGAGAAACCAAAGACUUCGAAAAGAAAUCUCCUUGACAAUGCAAGCAACCUUCUUACUAAUUUCUUAAGUGGGGGUCGCCUCGGAGAUAUGCCCACUGCUGAAGGUGCUGUCUCUGAUCUGUUCGGUCGGCCUCUUUUCUUUUCACUCUAUGAUUGGUUUCUAGAGCAUGGCUCAGUUUACAAACUUGCCUUUGGACCCAAAGCAUUUGUUGUUGUAUCUGACCCUGUUGUGGCAAGACAUAUCCUUCGUGAAAAUGCAUUUUCCUAUGAUAAGGGAGUUCUUGCUGAAAUUUUAGAACCAAUAAUGGGAAAAGGGCUCAUACCUGCAGAUCUUGACACUUGGAAACAGAGGAGAAAAGUUAUUACACCAGGAUUUCAUUCUUUAUUCCUGGAAGCCAUGGUGAAAGUUUUUACUGACUGUUCUGAAAGAAGCAUAUUGAAAUUUGAGAAACUCUUGGAAAUACAGAAUUCUGAAACAAAAGAAAUUGAGUUGGAUCUUGAAGCUGAAUUUUCAAGUUUAGCACUUGACAUAAUUGGUCUGGGUGUGUUCAACUAUGACUUUGGCUCUGUGACUAAAGAAUCUCCUGUUAUCAAGGCUGUUUAUGGAACACUUUUUGAAGCUGAACAUCGAUCGACCUUCUACAUUCCUUACUGGAAUCUCCCUUUUGCAAGAUGGAUAGUUCCUAGGCAGCGCAAGUUCCACAAUGACCUCAAGAUUAUAAAUGAUUGCCUUGAUGGGCUUAUCAAAAAUGCCAAAGAGACAAGGCAGGAAACUGAUGUUGAGAAACUUCAACAAAGAGAUUACUCAUCUCUAAAGGACAUCAGUUUGCUGCGUUUUCUUGUUGAUAUGCGCGGUGUUGACGUCGAUGACCAUCAGCUUAGGGAUGAUCUCAUGACCAUGCUUAUUGCGGGACAUGAAACAACUGCUGCUGUGCUUACAUGGUCGGUCUUUCUACUUGCUCAGAACCCCUCGAAGAUGAGGAAGGCCCAGCUGGAGGUAGAUUCCGUUCUUGGUGAAAAGAAAAUAACCCUCGAAUGCCUAAAAAAACUGGAAUAUAUACGGCUUAUCGUUGUUGAAGCUCUUCGUUUGUACCCUCAGCCUCCAUUACUUAUUAGACGUGCUCUCAAAGCAGAUAAACUGCCUGGUGGUCAUAUGGGUUGUGAUGAUGGUUAUGCAAUUCCAGCAGGGGCUGAUAUAUUUAUCUCUGUGUUCAACCUCCACAGAUCACCAUACUUCUGGGACCGGCCAAAUGAGUUCGAGCCAGAGAGAUUUUUAGCUCCAAAGCCAAGCGAAGGCAUUGCAGGAUGGGCAGGCUAUGAUCCCGGUCGUAGUCCUGGAGCCAUGUAUCCGAAUGAGAUAACCUCUGACUUCGCCUUCAUCCCAUUUGGUGGCGGGCCGCGCAAGUGUGUCGGCGAUCAGUUUGCACUGUUGGAAUCCACCAUAGCAUUGGCUCUGUUGCUACAGAAGUUUGAUGUGCUGCUGAGGGGGUCACCUGAUGAAGUCGAGUUGGUCACCGGUGCAACCAUCCAUACCAAAAAUGGUCUCUGGUGCAAGCUGAAGAAAAGGACAUGAACAGAAGGUAAGUUUAGACAAAGAAAUUUAAGGGAAUUUUGAGGAAUGCUUUAUAUAUAUAAUCUGUAUAGAUAUUAUGUGAUGUCGUAUGCUCUCCAAAAAUGAUAAGACUAUUUUACAAUAUACUGUUUAUGGUGAUUAA